AAAUUGACUCGAAUAUCGGGAUCGGAGACACACAAUGGAGCCGAGCACGGCAUGAACACACCGCUGAAAGAGUUAUCUGUGUGUUGCACCAUCGUUCAUUUUUAUCCUGCUGUGGGGACACAUUCAAACCACGGAGAUUACAAGUAGUUUGGAUAGUCUUGUUUUUGUUUUUUGUUUUUUUUUCAACUGUUUCUGUCAGUGAGAGAUUGCAUUCGGACUCUGCAGCUGCAGCACAUAAGAGGUCAUCAUGCCUCCCACAACUCCCUAUGCUGGAAAGUUCAGCUCUUGCGCUCCGUACAGCAACAACAACAACCAUCCCCAGCCUCACAGCCCUUACCGCAACGGCACCGCCCCAAAACCCGCGAAAGAAAACGUCUACAAUGGCGCCUACUCUGCCGCUGAAAACCCUUACGACAUACCACAGCCUCACAGUUCCUACCGCAGCUCCUCUGUCUCCUCUGUAACGGCGAAGGAGCAUCAUUACAACAGCACCUGCGCGGUUUCGGAGAACCCGUACUCCUCGCCGCAGCCUCGCAGCCCUCGACAGCACAGCACUUCCUGUCCAGGCCGUGCCUACCGCCACACCAGCAGCGGCAGCAGCAGCGAGCAGUCUUGUCGUAACAACACCGCUGUGACGAAAGCUCGACUUUACAGUCACGGCAUCACUGCUAGCUAUGGGGAGAUGUGUUACCAUGACAACAGUUUGGUUUCAGCAUCACUUGAGGCUCUUAUCCAGCACCUGGUUCCCACGGUGGACUACUACCCUGAUAGGUCAUAUGUGUUCACCUUCCUGCUGAGUUCACGCCUCUUCCUGCACCCGUACGAGCUCAUGACGAGGGUUUGUCACCUGUGUGUGGAGCAGCAGCGGUCUGGAGACGCCCUGCUGGAUAAGAUCCGUUUCCGUGAGGUGGCGCCAAAGCUGGUGCAGCUGCUGACUGAGUGGACGGAGACAUUUCCGUACGACUUCAGGGACGAGAGGAUGAUGCGCUGCCUCAAGGACAUGACGCACCAUGUGGCCCGAGGUGACGAGUACUCUUGGCGAGCCAUGCAGCAGAUGACCCAGCGGCUGAUCAAACGGCUGUCAGCACUCGGCCAGUACGAGGAGGCCGUGGCUGCACUCAACGCCGUGGCGAUGGAGCGGCCCGCGUCCCUGAAAAGCAAACAGGCUUCGGGUCAGAGAAGCGACGUACUGAGCGUGUGCGACGACCCGUUCAUCCUCGCUCAGCAGCUCACACACAUUGAACUGGACAGACUGAGUUUUAUUGGCCCUGAAGAGUUCAUCCAGACAUUUGCCAUGAAGGAUCCUCUGGAGAACCAUAAGGGUUUCUUCCGGAAGCGUAAAACCAGUAACCUGGAGGCGUAUGUGAACUGGUUCAACAGACUGAGUUACCUAGUGGCCACUGAGAUCUGUAUGCCGGUGAAGAAGAAACACAGAGCGCGGAUCAUAGAGUUCUUCAUCGAUGUGGCUCAGGAGUGUUUCAACAUUGGCAACUUCAAUUCCCUCAUGGCCAUCAUCACUGGGAUGAACAUGAGUCCUGUUUCCAGACUGAAGAAAACCUGGAGUAAAGUCAACACUGACAAAUUUGAAAUCCUGGAGCACCAGAUGGACCCAUCCAGUAACUUCAGUAACUACCGUACUGCGCUCCGUGGCGCCACCCAGCGGUCUGAGACUGCUCACAGCAGCCAGGAGAAGAUUGUGAUUCCCUUCUUCAGCCUCCUUAUUAAAGACAUCUACUUCCUGAAUGAGGGCUGUGCCAGCAGGCUGGCCAAUGGACACAUCAACUUUGAGAAACUGUGGGAGCUGGCAAAGCAGGUGAGCGAGUUCCUGGUGUGGCGUCAGGUGGUUUGUCCAUUUGACAGAGACAGACAGAUCCUCCAGUACCUCGUUACCACGCCGGUUUUCAGCGAAGAUGAGCUGCAUCUGGCCUCGUACGAGAGUGAAGGACCUGAGAACAACAUUGAGAAGGACAGUCGUAGGUCUCUCAGAUCUUCCCUUCUGCAUCGGGAGAAUCGGUCCUAAGAAAAAGAUCUCCUCUGCACUACAGACUGUAAAUAAAUAAGGAUUUUUAUAAAGCUACACAUUCCUCCACGCUGUCUUAUUAUGGACAUUUUUUUUUACAUUCCCAUGGCCAAAUUUUACGUCUUGAACAAACUGAUCAACAGUGAUCGACAGGAUAACAAAUGCAGCUGGACCCACGUUCUUACAGAUAAACAGAACACUGUUAUCUGGGCUUUGAGAUCACAAGGAGCCUGAAUGAUUUAUAAAUCCAAAUACUGUAACAGUCCUUGAUGAAAUUCAUCCAGUGCCAAAGGACCCCAGUGCUGCAGUUGUUAAUAUAAUCCUCUGUCUUGUGAGUCUUCAUGAAAUUAUUUUUGAAACUAAUGAUUCCCAAGAAGAGCUCAGAUUACAGAUCUGGAUUACCAACUGUGCUUCUUCAUCAGCUCAGUCUGAGGCACUUAAAGGACAUGAGAUGUCUCCAGAGCUAGUCAGAAGUGUGUGGCUAGCUCUGGAGACAUGUUUGUUUAUACCUUCAGUGGACUGCCAUCAUGUCAACAACAGCCUCAUAUUGCAGAAACAUGAAGGGACUGUCAUUUCUUUGAACCUCUUUAGUUAUACUCAGCAACAUCGGCACUGCUUUUCUGUGGAUGUGGCUGCCUGAGCUCAGUCAGAAAGCACAGGGAGAGGAGAGAUCCACUUCGGAACAUCGAUUUGUAUUAUAAAUAAUGGGCUCACAACUGCUUUUAGAAGUGUUGUUGCCGCUUGUUGUCUUGUUUGAGUGCUUGACUCAGUGCCAACAUAUUGAGCAGAACGUGCAUCACAUCCAGUCCAUUUGCUCCCACUUUGCACACAGCACAAAUAUCAGGCUAUUUCACAGUACUCCACAAGCCUUUCAUCUAAUUUACACACAUAAUGCAAGUCAAUCCAUCAGCCACUUAUUGACAGACACAUUUUAGAAACACUAUUCUCAUCAUUCAUUGUUUGUCUGUAGACAUUUAGUGACGUGUGCACUUUGACGGCGUAUUGGUGAUGCAGAGUUGUGCGAGUGACAGCAACAUCAUGCUAAUCAUGCAAGUUAAAUCAAAUGCACUUCAGUGGGGUCUUGUGUGUUGUAUUAUAGGAUUUUGUGACUCCUAUUUUAAGGCGUCUUUCUAUACAGUAUUAAGUUGUAUUUUGUAUCAGAAGUUUAAAAAAAAAUGUGUUUUUUCUUCAUGUACUUUCUCUGAAGUUUCACCAUGAGCUUGUUGCUGGUUGGCUGGCUCUGUGUUGGUAAGCUAUUUUGUUAAUACACCAGUUCUUGUAUGACAAAGACGUGUUGUAGGUCUGAAUAAGACACAAACUGGUGUGUGUAUGUGCAGGAAGCUCAUCCUCCUCUUCAUCUUUAUCUGUGAUGCUGUGAGCAUGAUGUGGUCCUUCAAAAUCUGCCUAUGAGUGAAAAUGAUGCUACAGUACAUUUUUAUGUAAAAAAAAAAAAAAAAAGCUCAUUUUAUGUUUCAUAUG